CUUUCGUGUGUGUGCGUUUCCGCAUCUCUGCUCACGUGGUCUGCCCUCCGGCAACAUCCCUCCUCCAGACGAAAACAGCAAGAACAUGUGGGGAUUCUAAAGAUUUCAGAAUACCGUCUCAAUCCUCUCUGAUUCUACUUCAUCAUUCACUUCAUUAAUCAUCAUGAAUACAACAAACACUACUGCACUACUGGAGGAGCCCAGGCCAUGGUCCAGGACAGAGAAAUCCCUGCUGGUGGCUGUGCUCAGUGUUGAGAUGGUGCUAGGUAUUCUUGGAAACAGUUUGGUUCUCAUUGUCAAAAUUGUGUGUAAAUAUAAUUUCCAGUGCAUCUACUGGCUUCCCCUGGUCAGUCUCACUCUCUCUGACCUCAGCUGCUCUGUUUUGAUCAUCUCUAGCUCGUUGCUGGCCACUCUCACGGGGGGCCAGAGGUCUCCAUGGUGUGAGGUGGUCAGUUUGUUCAAGUUCACCUUCAUGACUUCAUCCAUUGGAAGUAUCGCCAUCCUCUGUGUCCAAAGGUUCAUGGGCAUACGCUCAACAGGAAGUUGUUGGUCUGUCGUCAUGGUACUAGCAUGUUUCACCUCUUGGCUGUUUGGUGUGGUGUUCGGGAUUGUGCCAGUAAUAUAUGGCUGGAUUAAGUAUGAUUCUGCUGAGAUGGUGUGUGCAGUCUUUUGGGAGAGCGUUUACUCUGACAUGCUUGUCUACAUCCUCUGUGCAUUCUCUGUCUGCGUCUUCCUCCCCUUUCUGCUGAUGUUGAUAUGCUCUCUCCUGUCUGCAGCUGGUUAUGGGGGAAAAGGCAACAACCGUGAUGAUCUCUCUUCUGUGGCACCUCUACUGGUUGUUUUUUACCUGCUAUGCUACACUCCAUUUGCUGUCUCCGAGUUGAUACUGCUUGGAAGAUUGGACAUGUCCCCCUCACCUGAAUGGCUGCGGACGGUAUCAUCUGUGCUGGCUUACAUGGAUUGUGGUUUGAAUCCCAUUCUUUACUGUAUCAAUCAAGACUUUCGGCAGGCGCUGCUUGCUCUGCUGUGGACUAGUCGGAAGUUGAGCCUGUCUGAGCCUGAGCUGACAAGAAUUACCAAACUAGACAUGUGAUUGUUACAAACACACUGCUGUAGGCUAUGUAGGCCUGCAAUUAGAUUGUGUCAAAAAUUCAACAAGGAGAGAUAAUAACAACUUUGUCUGAAAAUAUUCUUUUAAUGGCUUGUCCAAAAUAAAUGAACUGACAAACUG